CGUACACGUCGCAGAAGUCGGAUGAUAAGGUAUUUUCUAAAUCCUACAGUUUGGCGUUUCACUUACAAGUGUUCAACUCAUUCUCGACAAAAAAGAAUGGUCAAUUGCUACUACUAAAAGGUUGCUCUUUUUAUUAUAUGUAUAUCUAGAUCCUUGGUAGGUAAGGUUCUAUGCGAUAUCUUAUCACAUGCCCAUGCUUCAUCAACAUAUGCUAUACCUACUAGGUACUGGGUAAUCGGCAUAAACUUGGAAAUAUCGACCUAGUCUAGAUGGGCAGGAGGGUCCCAACUGGAGCUUAGCUUGACGACACUUACGUAUUAAGUUUCUACUUUCUGCAACACGCACCUGCAAGAGUAAACUCGGGAAUAACCUUUCAACCGCGAAGGAUUUCCUUUUUUUUCUUUUUCCGAACUUUUCCACUUUCCCUUCUUCUCGCCCACUCAUCAUAUUGGAGGAGUCGGGGGAGGAGGUGGUGGUGAUGCAGCACGACGACAAACGGACAUACGAAUACACGCUUUCGCACGUGCGACCGACUACCCCUAUUUGCCAUUAUCUACUCACCAACUCAGCCUAUCGAAUCUAGGGAAAAGAGGGAAAAAAGCAAAAUAGGAUAUGAGCCACGAGACCGUUGGCUCGCUGCUGGCCGUCAUCGCAAACUCGCUUAAUGAUGGCCUGCGCAUCCUGAUGUUCGCUGACAAGCGAGCCUGGGGAUCCGACGAGUUCGAGCAGCUACGAUUGCUAGAGGAGACGCUCGAUGAAGCCAAGAAGGACUUUCAGGAAUUGCCUGUUCUUGUCAAUGGUCGUUUCUACUAUGAGAACGAUCGCAUCAACGAGUCCCUCGAAGACCUCCGGAUUCUCUGCACGCGCUUUGAACUACAUACGCAAACGAUCAAAGAUUGGGUACGCAGUGGUGCCACCAUAGACCCCUCUUGGGCCCACGAAACUCUCGAAUUACGCCGUGAUCUACAUAGGGCUCAGUGCCGCACCGCCCGCCGAAUACAUGCGGCACAGCAAGUCGAUUCCGCUACCGGCAGCGAGAGAACAAGAUGUUUAGGAGCGUUACAGGUAUACCGUGUACAAGCGCGGAGGGACGUGAGAGUCGAGGAAGAGAGGGAGAUAUGCGCACAAACAGGGCGAUUCGAGAGGUUUAGCGAGCGGGACGUCGCGUUCGUAUGUGAUUUCUGUGAUGGGUUUCUGGUAUGGGAAGAUAUGCGCGCGGUGCCGACCACACGGUUGGUGCAACCCCCGGCGCAGACACAGACGUUACCUAUGCAUAAUACGAAUACCAAUGCCCCGAAUUCCGCCACGAGCACGACACCAACCUCAUCUUCGACACAGAGUAGCCAUGGAAAUACACACGGUCCCAGUGUUGGCAGUGAUGACGUGACCCCCGCCAGUGCAAAUUGGCAAGCUCGCGGAAUAGCUUUGUCGACUGGUGAGGCUAAGACCGUUGUAUUCGCACCGGUAGCUAUCGCAAACCACCUUCCCCCGGAAGUAGGCGAGUUCCAAUGCCGGAUCCUAUGCCCGCAGUGUGAUGAGUAUUAUUACGAGGAACAAGGCGACGAUGACAUGGACCGUGUACGGUAUACGCAAGAUGACCGUGGGCUCGAAAACGUGAAGGCGUUUCAAGAACAUCUUGAGUGGAGUCAUGCUUCUAUGGUUCCGGACACGUCGAGUUGUGGAGUUAUGUAGAAAGGAAGGCAAGAAGGAGCGAAAAGAGUUAAGGGGCUAUGGAAAAAGGAGCUAGGAAGAAAAGAGAGCUGAAGUUGCGUACUUCCUGUCAUGUUACGGCGUUUAGAAAGGUCGUAGAUUGCUUGUUUGGGAGGCUAUUGUUGUUCGUUGACUACGGGUUAGAAAGCAAAGGCGUUCGGGCGCCCAAUAUCGAGAACCGACAACGGUCUCGUCGCAUCUAACCAGACAUGUUUGCGUAUGUAUUGUGCUUUUCAGCAAAUUUCGAUCAAGCGUUUAUCAAACAGAGAAAAUAAAACUUGAAUAGAACCUUGAUUAUAAUCUGGAC